AAACCACCCUCUCCCAUUUCAAAUCAAACUCCCCUUUCUCUCUCUAGAAACAGACAGAAGACCUUCCCCCACACACACCCCCCCCUCCCCUUCUCUCCCUCUCCCUCUCCCCCUCUCCCCUCCCCUUCCCCCUGUCUCUCUCUCCGAGUAUGUUAUCUCGGAGAUAACAUAGCUUCUUAGAAUUACCUCUCUCUCUCUCUCUCUCUCUCUCUCAUAGAUACUACUAUCUACUGACUACGAUGGGAGUAGUACUCUCGUGAGGCCAAUCCACCCAUGGACUUCCGCAACCACCCGUCCUCCCAAGACCUAUCCCAACACCAUUUCUCCGACCACCACAACUUGACCGACACCGCCUCCAUCCCCCGCACCUUAUUCCCCGACCAUAUCGGCCACUCCUCCACGCCGGACAGCGCCGGAAACCCUCCCCCGCAGCAAACCGGCGUCGGUCCCACGUGGCUCAACAGCGCGAUCCUCCAGCAGCAGAGCCAGUUCCUCAACUUGCAGAGGACCCCCGAAACGACGCCGUCGCAGCUGCCGCAGGGGACCGGUAAUAAUCAGUGGCUAUCGAGAUCGAGUGUCUUGCAGCGAAACGUCAGCGACGUGAGCGGUUCGAUGAUCGGCGCCGGGGUGUCGAACGAAUCGGGUGAUUUGGGGAAGGAUUAUGGUGGUAGUAGCGGAGGAGGAGGAGGUGGAGAGUUGACUGAGGGGGAUGGCAGCGGCGGCGGCGGGAUAAUGAAUUGGCAUAAUGCAAGGUACAAAGCGGAAAUUUUGUCUCAUCCGCUAUACGAUCAGUUGCUAUCUGCACAUGUUGCGUGCUUGCGUAUUGCAACGCCGGUGGAUCAGUUGCUCAGAAUUGACGCGCAGCUGGCUCAGUCGCAGCAAGUGGUGGCCAAGUAUUCAGCUGUCAGCCAUGGGAAUGUUGGUGGUGAUAAGGAGCUUGAUCAGUUCAUGACACAUUAUGUGCUUUUGCUCUGUUCUUUUAAAGAACAACUGCAACAACAUGUUCGUGUGCAUGCAAUGGAAGCGGUAAUGGCUUGCUGGGAGAUUGAGCAGUCCCUACAAAGCUUAACAGGUGUUUCUGCUGGAGAAGGCACGGGGGCAACAAUGUCUGACGACGACGACGACCAAGUAGAUAGUGACACCAACUUGUUUGAUGGAAGUUUGGAGGGUCCUGACAAUAUGGGAUUUGGACCUCUCGUCCUGACAGAGAGUGAGAAGUCAUUGAUGGAGCGUGUAAGGCAAGAGCUGAAGCAUGAACUGAAACAGGGCUACAAGGAGAAGAUUGUAGACAUUAGGGAGGAAAUCUUACGCAAGAGAAGGGCGGGAAAACUACCUGGUGAUACCACCUCUGUCUUAAAGGCUUGGUGGCAAUCACAUGCUAAAUGGCCAUACCCAACAGAGGAGGAUAAGGCGAAAUUGGUACAAGAAACAGGCUUGCAACUGAAGCAGAUAAAUAAUUGGUUUAUAAAUCAGAGGAAAAGGAACUGGCACAGCAAUGCUUCCACUUCUACAGUCUUGAAGAGCAAACGCAAAAGUAAUGCAGGUGACAACAGUGUUGAUCGUUUCAUGUGAGUGAAGGGCAAAUCUGUAAGACAAUCCACUAGUCCAGUUAUAAUCCGGCUCAGUACAUAUAAUGAUUAGGACACAAUAUUGUUGGUUCCGAACACUACAGCGAUCAAUUGGGCUAACCUGAGGUAUGCAGUGGUGAUGAAGAUAGGACAAUCGAUUAUGCCACAUUGAAGGUACGUGCAGAGGACUUUAUUUGCAAGUUCAAUUUGAAGGAUAUAUGACCAAAACUGAGUCUUAAUGGUCAAUAUUUUUUUUACACUAUCACAUACUAUGUAAAUAAAACCGUGAAGUGACGGGGGUGGGUUAGUGUAAUAGUCUCUCUUUUCAUGGUUCCACUUAUAGGUUCUUAUAGUUAUUGUAAUUGUUUCUUGUAAUCUGGAAGUAGUUUAGCGUCGAGCUUGUUGUAUGUGAAUAUAUUUCGUAGUUACAAUCUGUCUUUUGCUCUACUUGGACAAA